AUGGGCUCAAUGAAACUGAUGAUAGCUGCAAAAGACCGUAAGACAACUCUAGCCAAAAAAGUUUAUAACCAUGCUGAUGUCAGGACAAGAUUCAACUGCCGGGCUUGGGUCUGCAUCUCUUCCAGCUACAAUCACAAAGAGACGCUGAGAGCAAUCAUAAAGCAAUUGAAUCCGAUAACUAAUCAGCUACUUGAAAUGUUGGAAAGGAUGCAAGAGCAAGAUUUGGAACAAAAGCUCCAUCAAGAUCUACAUGAUAAGCGUUAUCUUGUGGUACUCGAUGAUAUAUGGAAGGAAGAAGGGUGGGAUUGUCUUGCCAGGGCCUUUCCUGACGUUAAUACAUCAAGUAGAUUGCUACUUACAAGUCGUAAUCGCGAUGUUGCCAAACACGCAGAUGCUCUGAGCCACCCACAUGAGUUGGAAACUUUGGGGCAGGAAGACAGCUGGCAGUUGUUUCUCAAUAAGGCCUUAGGCCAUGGAGCUAAUGUUGGGUGUCCUCUGGACUUCCACGAAGUAGGCCAAAAGAUUGCAAGGAGAUGUGCCGGUCCACCACUGGCAAUCACAGUUAUAGGUGCCCUGCUCCUGGGCAAGAAGAAGUUGGAGAGUGAAUGGGAGAAAGUUCUCAACAACAUUAAUACAUACCUAUCAAGGAGCAAGAGUAGAGUAUCAGCAAUUCUGGAAUUGAAGGGAGUAAUGCAGAAAAGAGAUGCAGAAAAUUUAGAGGAAACUGCAGCAUAUUAUGUGGAACAACUUUUUAGCAGAAAUAUGGUUCAGGUUGCAGAGACAGCUGUUGAUCAGAGGAUUAAAAGCUGUCAUGAUUUAUUGCGAGAAUUUGCAAUCAGCAAGGCAAAGGAAGAAAAUUUUUUUCAGAUCCAUGAGAUCAGGGAUGGUGAAAUAUUAGCAGAAUCCAGUCUUAGCUUCGAAACUUUCGGAAAGCUUAGGAUAGUAGACCUUGAGAAUGUUAGGAUUAAUUCCGUGCCAGAAGAAAUUGGUGAAGUCAGGUUUCUGAGAGACCAAGAAGACUUGCGUGACAUGCAGGUGGAGAAAGCUGCACUGCCACAGCUCCAGUGCCUGAGAAUCAGGAACUGCCGCUCAUUACGCGUGUUGCCGAAAGAGCUGAAGCACAUAUCUACUCUUGAUAAGCUUGAGCUUGUGGACAUGUCAAAAGAUUUUGUCAGUAGGCUUGAUGCGGGGUUGGUAUCCAAUGUCCCUUACCUCAAAAUAUUUUGA